AUGGGUAGUGGAACGAAGAACUUGUUCAACCCCAUUCUCCGACCUCGUGAGUCGUCUAAUAAGAACUAUCAGCUGAUGUCCGAAGCGCACAUAAUGAUGCGAAAAGACGAAGUGCCGGUAGUAACGUUGGUAUUGAUGUAUUCACGUGUGCUGAUGCUCUACGACUGGCUGAACGACGCGAAGAACUUUGUUAUGUUGAGCUCAGACUUUGAGCCGAAAUACAGUGACGAAGUAGGGCGCUCGGUGGUCAAUGGAGGAGUAGUCGGUCGCAUGGGUAGAGUUCCCUCAGGACAACAACAAACAAUAUCCUUGAAGAUCACUUUGAGCAGUGUGGAAGAGAAAAGAAAGCGAUCGUUUAGGGACUCGGAUUUGUACCUUCUGGAAAAUCCAAGCAUGAGUAAUAGCUUUGCCGUCGUGAUAAACACUAGCGCCGUGUUGAAUGUCAGCGACCCUGGCGGUAUUAUGUCGUUCAAUUUGGAGAUCCAGAAUAUGAAUCUUGGUUGGUGUUGCAUGCAAAACGAAGAAUCGACCCUAAAUCAGUGCUCAAAUGAGUUCUCAAUCGCUGUUAGCAUGACUAUGGGUGACCCCGUAGCAGAAGAUUCCAAUAAACGACGAGGAUUGCCCUCCCUGGCGCUGAAAAGGCACUCAGUAGAGGUGUAUAUUCAUGGAAUGAUCGGCAGGCUGUCCUACAAAGACGUGCGCGUUCUUCGUAGUGCUAUUGACGGAUAUGUGGAGAAUCUGAAGCAGAACGCAGGUGUUACGAUGAUUCCCAUAGUGGGAACCCCGCCGAAGCCUAAAAAUUUGUCAAUCGAUCGACAAUCAGAAGAGCGCCUAGUGUCGAAUUUCUCAAUAUCUGCAGAUUACUUCAAUCAACGAGUUUUUGGGUGGGAGCCGGUUGUAGAGAAGUGGUCAGUAUUGCGGUUUCUUCUGACAAAGAAGGAGAAUACAAGGAAUAUGGAUUUGAUAGCU